AUUCAAUUAUCUGUGGUUUCGUUUGGUACGCGGUGGCGGCGGUGUUUCGUGAUUUCAUCUCGUGUGAUGUGAUUUACGUUAUAUUUCAGUUAAUCCAGGGCGAUACUAGUUGAAAAUUAUUUCUUGAGCAUAGUUUGUAAAGUUCGGUAUUUAGACAUUAAACAUGUCGGCGGACAAUAUUGAAAAACUGUACCAAAAUUAUGGUAUAUUAGCCGACGCUAAAGAUGACAUUUCUAAGCAUGAGAAAGAAUACUUGGAAAUAUUAGCAGCAGUCAAGGGAUCUGACAAGGAAAAACGUUUAGCGUCACAGUUCAUUGCGAAAUUUUUCAACAGCUUUCCUACUUUGGCCGACCAAGCCAUUGAGGCUCAAUUCGAUUUGUGCGAGGAUGAUGAUGUUGCUAUCCGUAAACAGGCUAUCAAGGAUCUGCCAACAUUGUGCAAGGAUCAUAAAGAACACACUCAAAGAAUUGCAGACAUUUUAGCACAACUACUGCAAUCUGAUGACACUACUGAAAUAAACGUGGUCUCAAACUCAUUGCUAACCAUUCUGAAGAUAGAUCCUAAAGGUGCACUCACUGGAAUGUUUUCCCAAAUACACCAAAAUGCUGAUAGUGAAGUCACAAAUGAAAUUGUUAGAGAGAGAUGUAUCAAGUUUCUUGCAACUAAAGUGAAACAACUUGGCAGAGAAGUCAUUACUAAAGAUGCUGAAGAAUUGAUUAUUGCUGAAUGCAAGAAGCUCUUGGAACUCCAAGAUGUUGUUGCUGAAGAAUUUGAGCACAUAAUGGAAUUGUUAACCUGGUCCAAGUUGGGAAAGACUCCAGCUGGUAAAAAGGAACUGGUACAAAUUGUAGCUGCUCUUGCUUUUUCACCUGAUGACUGGCAUCCAGAGGACCCUGAAUAUGUGGACAGAGUUAUACAUUGUUCCCAGCAUGCAUUGCCUUUGUUCUCCGCUCUCGUAGACUCCACCCAGUUUGUCAACUUCUUCUGCGACCAUGUACUUCAAGGAUGGAACAGCAUAACAACACCAGAAGGUGGUACAGACACUAAACUGGAGCUGUUGAAAAUAUUUGCUGAGAUAACAGAGCAUUGUGGAGAACUUGAGAAUCCACAGCAAAAAAUAGAUGCAGUGUAUGGUUUGCUAAUGAAAUAUUUGCCAGAAGCACCAAUUGAGCCUGAAGGAACUGAAGGUGAAAAAUCUGAAGAGAAAAUAGAAGACUCAAAGACCACACCAUCACUUCAAUUUUCUCAUGUUGAGUGUGCACUGUUUGCCCUACACUCACUGUGUCGCAAGGCACCUGAUGCACUGGUUUCAGAUGCCACUAAACUGAAAGCCUUACGGCUCCGACUACAAUAUACUGCCCGUCUUACACAAGGGUACAUAAAAAAAUUAAAGGAGGUUACACAAAGCCAAAAAGGUGAAGACGCUAAUUCAGAAGAAAACAAGUUAAAAAUUGCUGCUCUGAAGACAACUUCUAAUAUCAAUACACUUAUAAGAGAUUUGUUUCGCACUCCACCCAGCUUCAAGAGCAAAGUUCAACUGUCAUUCCAAUCCAAGAAAUCUGAAAAAGAGGAGAAACACACUGCAGAUCCUGAUGAUACAAAGCAAUCGCCGGUACAAAAACGACACCGCCCCAUUACGUUUGAUAAUGAAAAUGAGAAAGAAUCUCCUGAGAAAAGGUCACGAAGUGGAGAUAGGAAUAUAAAAAUGUAUACGCCGCCAUCAGGCAAAUACAGCUCACGACUAAAUAAUAAUGCAAGGUUCUCUGGGAAUAAUUCGGGAGGGAGGGGAGGACGAGGGGGCUAUGGUAGACGUGACUUCAGAAACAAUGGAGCUCCAUUCCGGAGGCGGAAUAACUACUAAUUUUCGAAGUUUCCCAAAAAUGCACCAAUAAUGACAAUGAUUUCAAUUCAAAUUAUAUAGAACAUAUUUUCUCCUGAUGACACUCUAUGUGAGGCAUUGGGAAAUCAAAUCCAAUUCCAUCUGCUUGUUUAUCAGAUAGAAUAAGGGAUAUGCAGUGCAGCUGCACAUGAUAUAUUUUGUUUCUUGGAUAUGUCUGUAUUGAUUAGGCAAGUUGAUUAGUUUCACCAAUUCCUUUUUAUCUGCUGCAAAGAUAUCACAAAAAUAUUAUUUUGAGUAGGUGACGUUGUAGUUGACUUAUGGGCUGAUUUUCAUCUACACAAUUUUUUUUAGAGGAAUUUUAUUUGGUUGCAUAGUUUUUUUUCGUUAAGGGCAAUAGAUGGUACGUCGUCAACAACAAUUGAAUGCAGUUGUUCCAUAGUUUCAGUACCAAUUUCGAGUAGUUCUGGUGCACCAUGGUAAGUAGCCCAUUUGAAUUAUAUUUAUUUACUAGUCCCUAGAGCAACUGACAACUGAGUAGGAUAAGAUGUAUCACCACUUUGUAAGUAUUAGAAUAUAAACAAAAUUAGAAUAAGUCAGGAAUCUUCAUCACGCUGGCAUUGUGUGGAAAUGCUGUUGAACUGUAAGUAGCUAGUAGUCAUAAGUUUUCUACAUACAGAUCCCACCAGCUACUGGAAACAACGCUACAUUUCUCCAUAGGUUCGUUUUAUUGACUCUUCCAGGUAUUUGUUGAAAAGAGUAUGAUGACAGAAGACUCCUGCAAUGGUUUUUAAAUUACAGAAUACUUUGGAAUUCACAACAGGAUUAAAACAUUUUAAUAUAA